AUGGAUUUUAGGAGUUGUGACUGCCGUAGCUAUCGUCUCCUUUGUAUCGAUCUUGGUGUUAUUUCAUGUUAUCGACCGUAUCCGGAUCUUGAAAUUUGGAAGCCACCACCGAAGAGUGAUAAUUUUAACAAAUGUAUCAAUCGAUCAAAGAAGGAAACCAAGAAUGGAACAGCAACAGAUGGCUUUAUCAUAUCUCAUGCCAACGGGGGUUUGAAUCAAAUGAAACUUGGGAUAAGUGACAUGGUUGCAAUAGCAAAAGUUAUGAAUGCCACCUUGGUUAUGCCCACUUUAGAUCAUAAUUCCUAUUGGAAUGAUUCAAGCAACUUUAAAGAUAUCUUUGACUGGGAGAAGUUUGUUGAAGUUUUAAAGGAUGAUAUUACAAUUAUAGACUCACUCCCACCAGAAUAUGAAUCAGUGAAGCCCCUUGCUAAAAAUCCAGUUUCUUGGUCAAAGCUCUCUUACUAUAAAGACAUGCGUGAAAGACAACUCAAGAGAGAUAAAGUAAUCAAGUUUCUACAAGCGAAUUCAAGACUAGCAAACAAUGUGCAAUUUUCAACUCAAAGGCUUCGAUGUCGGGCAAUGUAUGAUGCAUUAAAGUUUAGAAAAGCCAUUGAAGAACUUGGGAAGACCUUGGUUGAAAGACUAAAAAGAAAUAAAAAUCCAUACAUUGCUCUCCAUUUAAGAUAUGAAAAGGAUAUGCUUGCUUUCACAGGCUGCAGCCACAACCUCACCAUGAAUGAGCAUGAGGAGCUUACGAAAAUGAGGUAUGAGACAAAGCAUUGGAAAGAAAAGAAGAUCAAUGCUAAAGUCCAAAGACUCCAUGGGAAUUGUCCCAUGACACCAAGAGAAGUAGCUAUAUUUCUUGAGGCCCUUGGAUAUCCAUCCGACACACAAAUUUACAUAGUUUCUGGUGAAAUUUAUGGAAAAGACAGUAUGCGAUCGCUGAAACAAAAGUUUCCAAAUCUGUCUACUAAGCUCAACUUAGCAACAGAGGAAGAGUUAAGGCCUUUCAUGAAUUCACAGAAUCAACUUGCUGCUUUAGACUAUGUUGUGGCGUUGGAAAGUGAUGUGUUUGUUUACUCUUACGAUGGAAAUAUGGCUAGAGCAUUGCAAGGUCAUAGAGUUUAUGAAGGCUUUAGGAAAACCAUUAGCCCUGAUAGGCAAAAUUUAAUGAGACUAAUUGAUAAGUUAGACAACGGUAACAUAACUUGGGCAAAGUUUUCAUAUUUGGUCAAGACCUUUCAUGAGAAGAGAAUUGGAGGACCAAAACCAAGGCCUACUUCACGUACUCGAAACUCCCAAAAACUUGAGGAGAAUUUUUAUGCAAAUCCUUUUCCUGGUUGCAUUUGUUUGGAACAAACCAGCCAAAAG